GCGCCGUGCGCGGCGAUUGGCUGCGGCGCUCCGCCGCCGGUUCCGGGUGCGUCAGCGCGCCGACAUGGCGGGCGGCGGCGGCGGGGACAAGUUCUCGGUGCUGCUGCCCACCUACAACGAGCGGGAGAACCUGCCCCUCGUCGUGUGGCUGCUGGCGCGCACCUUCCGCCACAGCGGAAAGGAUUUUGAAAUUAUCAUCAUAGAUGAUGGAAGCCCCGAUGGGACACAGGAAAUUGCUGAGCAAUUGGAAAAAAUAUAUGGAUCGGAUAAAAUACUUCUAAGACCAAGAGCAAGAAAGUUGGGCCUUGGCACUGCAUAUAUUCAUGGAAUGAAGCACGCCACUGGGAAUUUCAUUGUUAUUAUGGAUGCUGACCUGUCUCACCAUCCAAAGUUUAUUCCAGAGUUUAUCAGAAAGCAGAAAGAAGGCAAUUUCGAUAUUGUGUCUGGAACAAGAUAUAAAGGAAAUGGAGGAGUAUAUGGCUGGGAUUUGAAAAGAAAAUUAAUCAGUCGUGGUGCCAAUUUUCUAACUCAGGUUUUGCUGCGACCAGGUGCAUCAGACCUAACAGGGAGCUUCAGGUUAUACAGAAAAGAAGUCUUAGAGAAACUAAUGGAAAAAUGUGUUUCUAAAGGAUAUGUCUUCCAGAUGGAGAUGAUUGUUCGGGCUAGACAGUUGGGAUAUACUAUUGGAGAGGUUCCUAUUUCAUUUGUGGACCGUGUCUAUGGAGAAUCUAAACUGGGAGGCAAUGAAAUAGUCUCUUUCUUAAAGGGGCUCUUGACCUUGUUUGCUACAACGUGAUAGUUUAUCCUAAACUUACUUUUUUAGAAAACCAUUUUCUGACAUCUGUGUGGUUUUUAGUAUAUAAUAGCAGAAGCUUGAUAAUUUGUGUGGUGACCAGGAAGACCUGCUAUAAACUAACAGUUAAACAAACCACCAGUAAUGAACUACAUAUGUUGUAUCCCAAAAUGCUCCUUUCAAAAGAAAUGAACCGUAUGUUACACUAAAACCUAAUAAAGACUAAUGCCCUAUUCUAUUUUUGUAACAAUAAUGAAGUCUUAAUAAAGAACUAAUGAUCUUUUGCAUUCAGAAAUGAAUCAUUAUUCAGCGGAAGCUAAAGAAGAUUUUGAAAUAAAGACAAGCAAGAACAUAAAGAAAAUACAGAAUUUAUCUUCUCUUUGUUCUGUGGUUUGCAGAUAAUAUUUUGAAUAUAUACCAAUUAGUUGCCUUUCCGCAGCACAGACAGACAUGCAUCUUAAAGCAGAUACAGAACAGUUUCUACAGAACUGAUAAUAGCUUGUGUAGCUUAAGAGUACAGUGAUGUACUCGUACAUUCAGAUGAGUACAGUGAUAUGUUCUUUGUAAAACUGUUCUAGACGGGAAAGAAGGAAUAUUCUUUGGAUAAGAAAGAGAAUUGUAUGUGUGGAAUAAUUUUGUAUUCUGUGUGUUUGUCCAGAAGCCGGUGAUUCCCUUUUCCCUUUUUCUUUAGAACCGAAGCAUUUUUAGAACCUGUAAAACAGGACUAUGGCAUCUCAUCUCGGUUCAGGGCGAGACCCACUUCACCUCACUGAAUCUGAGACAUUUUUUCCUUAGGUCAAAUAACAAUUUGCAAUGUGGAAUCUGUAUUUGUUCCAGAUCCUGAUAAAUGAAAUACAAACACGUAA